CUGUCCUGUGACCAGCCAUGAUCCUCCAGACCGCUGUGCUCAGCAUCCUCCUCUGCUCUGUCCAGAGCUUGACUCUGCAGGCUUCAUUUGAAAAGAGUGAUGAAUCCUCUGGGAACACCAUUGAGGAAGAUGAUUUCAGUGUCUCCACACUGAUAGAGAAAGCCAAUGCCAAUCUGGGAAAGAACCCUGGUGAUCCUCUAGUGAUGUUUGGAGACAUAGCAGUGCCAACUGAUCUAGGGAAUGCUGAUCCCUGCACCGCACGAGGCUGCCUGUGGCCUAAAGCUACUGACGGCAACGUCUAUGUUCCUUACCGCAUCUCCAAUCAGUACUCCGCCAGAGAGAGAAACACCAUCGUUCAAGGUCUGCGAUCAUUUGCCCAGUCUACCUGCAUCCGCUUCACCCCCUUAAACAGACAGCAGGACUUUGUGGACAUCCAGUCUAGACAAGGGUGUUUCUCAUUUGUUGGGCGUCGUGGUAGGGCCCAGGUAGUGUCACUGAGUCGCCAGGGGUGUAUUUUCCAACAGAUUGUCCAACAUGAGCUGCUCCAUGCCCUGGGCUUCAACCAUGAACAGACUCGGUCCGACAGGGACCAGCAUGUCCGAAUCCUCCUGCAGAACGUCAUUCGUGGACAAGAGCACAAUUUCAGAAGGAUCCAGACAAGGAACCUUGGCACUCCCUAUGACUACAACUCUGUCAUGCACUACGGAAGGUUUGCCUUCUCUCGUAAUAGGCAGCCAACCAUUGUUCCCAUCCCCAACACCAACGUACCCAUUGGCAGGGCCACCCAGAUGAGUCCCACUGACAUCCUUCGGGUGAACCGUCUUUAUCGCUGCAAUAGAACUGCUACCCCAUCUGAUGUGGAACCUAUGAAAAGGAACCAAUUCCUCUAGAUAUGAAAGAGGCAAACCAUGCAGGUUCUCAACUACAAGCAACGCCAUUAAUACAUCUUAUGAUUUGUAAUGUGCUUAGUGAAAUUCAAAAUUUGAUUACAUUUAGCAAAAUAUGAUACUGAUUUAAUUAACGUUAAAAGUAUAGGCAAUGCACCUGUCCAA